AUGUCGACCCGCAACCAUCACGUCUGCUGCGUAGUACCUCCUUAUCUGCUUAACGCUAUCGCCGAUAGCAGCCACAACGAGGAUCACAUCCGAGAAUGCGCCCGCAACGCUCUCACCGUCCACAAAGACUAUAUUGGCAAACGCGAGAAACGUUUCGCCGCUCUCUGUGCACCCCGCGGUAGCAAAGCCGCAGCCGGUCUUAGCAGGCAGCAUAGCAUCGUCCCGGAUCACAUGCUGAAGCAUAUUGCCGAGUCUGAGGAUGUCGACGAUGAUACUCGCGCCUGCGCUAGACGUGAUCUCGAACAUAUCAAGAAAGUCCAUACCAAGUACCAGGAAUCUCAGGGGCUUCGUGCUGAGUCAUCCGAUCAAAAGGCUCUUACGGCUGCCCAGCAACCUUCGCGAGAUACCGAGAAGACAUAUCGCGCCGUAUAUAAUGCCAACCACGACUCGAACGAAGCCCACCUCCCAGGAAAGGUUGUUCGUGUCGAAGGUCAGAAAGCUUCGAACGACGAAUCUGCCAACGAGGCCUAUGACAAUGCCGGCCUAGUCCUCUCUUUCUACAAGGAUAUCUUCAACUGGAAGUCCAUCGACAACCACAAUCAGCAGGUGAUCAGUUCGGUGCAUUUUGGCAUCAAUUACGAAAACGCCUUCUGGGACCCCGAAGUUGCACAGAUGGUUUAUGGUGAUGGUCACACCUUUUUGACAAACUUUACCGGAGCUGUUGAUGUCAUCGGCCAUGAACUCACUCACGCUGUUACGGAACACACUUCGCCGCUUGACUACACAGGUCAGAGCGGUGCUCUCAACGAGCAUGUAUCAGAUGUCUUCGGCAUCAUGAUCAAGCAGAGAGUAGAAGACGAAACUGCCGAUAAGGCCGACUGGCUGAUCGGCGAAUACUGCCUCAUGCCCGGUGUAAAGGGCGUUGCCCUGCGCAGUAUGAAAGAGCCCGGAACCGCCUACGAUGACCCUCGAUUUGGCAAAGAUCCCCAACCCGGAAACUUCAAGGACUACAAAGUAACCGUAGAUGAUAACGGCGGUGUACAUCUGUACUCUGGAAUCCCAAACAAAGCAUUCUAUCUUGCAUCCGUCGCGUUUGGCGGCUACUCAUGGGAGAAAGCCGGAAAGAUCUGGUGGGAGACGAUGAACAGCGGCCAGAUCCCCGCCCGUUGUACUUUCGUCCAGUUCGCAGAUGUGACUGUCGACAAGGCCGAGGAGCUCUUUGGCGACGACGCCGCUGCUAUCGUCCGCAAGGCCUGGAAGGAUGUCGGUGUCGUGAGGAAGUCUCAUGCUUAG